UUUUUUUUAGGUUUAUGGCGGGGUCCAAUGGCACAGCUGAGGAUGCGUCGUUAACUUAUCAGCAAAUCUUUAAUCAAGACAUGGAUGCUGGGCUCAGUACUAAAACUGCAGUGGCUGUGUUAACAUCUCUGUUCUUUGUUUUUGUAAACUGUGUAAUGCUCUUUGCUCUAGGAAGCAAGCACAUAUUCCAGGAGACGCCGCGCUACAUUCUUUUUGGCCACAUGCUUAUGAAUGACUCUGUGCUUUUGCUGCUCACAACUAUCAUGUACACAGUGGCUCAGUGUUUCCUUCCAAUACCCAAAUCCAUAUGCACUCUAUUAGUUUUUAUUUCUCACUGCACUUUCCGUAACGCUCCUCUGACUCUAGCACUGAUGUCUCUGGAGCGGUACGUGGCGGUCUGCUUCCCUCUGAGACACUGCAACAUCGCCACACCAAAAAGGACUGGAAUUGCCAUAGGAAUCAUCUGGUUUCUUAGUUCUAUAAAUUUUAUAACAGACAUUAUUUUUGUUUUAACUGUCAACCCCAAUUAUUUAGCCGGUAUUAUAUUUUGCACUUUAGAAAAAUUGUUUCUAUACAAAUGGCAGCUGGAUAAAUAUCAAGCAUUUGAUGUUCUUUAUUUUGUGUCGGUUGCAGUGAUCAUUAUUUUCACAUACAUUAGCAUUAUGAUCACAGCCAGGUCUGUUUCCUCUGAUAAAGAUUCAGCUAAAAAAGCCCUCCGAACGGUGCUAUUGCACUUGAUUCAGCUGGGACUGUGUCUUACCUCUUUUUUGUAUACAAUAAUAGAAAGGACACUGUACAUGAUGACUGGAAGCAGCCCGUCUCUUUUCAUAAAUCUUAGAUAUCUUAAUUAUCUUAUUGUUCUUAUUCUGCCGCGCUGCCUGAGUCCUCUGAUCUAUGGUAUGAGAGAUGAAGCGGUGUGGCCCUUAUUUAAAUAUUUCUUCUGCUAUCAUUCAGGAAAAGUAAGGCCCUCCGUUAAUGUACAUUAA